AUGUUAGACGGACGCAGUCUUGAAAUUGUGCUUACGGCGGCAAAUUCCGCCGCUCAAGCCUGGUAUGGCUAUGAUCAGGGUGUCGUGAGCGGCAUCCUCAUCAGCCAGGACUUUAUCAACGUCUUUCCUCAGACAAAGGUGUCGUCAAUUCAAGGCAUUACAGCCAGCUGCUUCUCCCUAGGAAACCUGGUAGGAUGUUUAUUGGCAGCCUGCUACGGAAAUCGACUGGGCCGGAAGAACACAUUGCGGACAGGAUCGAUCAUCAGUGCCAUUGGUGCUGUACUUCAAUUCUCGUCAUACUCAUUUGCUCAGCUAAUUGUUGGGCGUGUGAUCAAUGGAGUUGGAAACGGAAUAACCAGUUCAACUUGUGGUGUUUAUCAAGCCGAGUCCUGUCGAAGCGAUCGUCGAGGCAAACUAUCCGUGGUUGUAGUUUGUCAUAAUGUAGUGUUUUAUUGUGCUGCAACGUGGUUAACACUAGGCUGCUCGUUCCUUCCUGGUGGUUACCAAUGGCGACUCCCUCUGGCUCUACAGCUCAUCCCAUGCAUGUGCCUCCUUUCACUCCUUCCCCUCAUACCCGACAGUCCACGUUGGCUGUUGAUGUCUGGUAGAACCGAACAGGGACUAGAGGCCAUUCGACGGUAUUCAGGAGAAGGCCUUGCAGUCGAAGACCCCAUUGUUCAGAGUGAAUACCACUCAAUAGUGGGCGCUCUUUGCAUCGAGAGGGAAUCACAAAUCUCGUUUACCCAAGUUCUUGCCCGUCGCGAUAGGUCUGGUCACUUGAGGCGAAUACUUCUUGGAUGCGGUGGGCAAUUCAUGCAGCAAUUCAGCGGGAUAAAUGCCCUCAAUUACUAUUUCACGAUUAUUUUGAUCAACAAUGUGGGAGAAACUGAGCUUCUGGCAAGAAUACUUACUGGAUGCAAUGCCACCUCGUAUAUGGUUUCUUCUGCAAUGGCCUUCUGGUUAAUUGAAAGAUCUGGACGACGAAUGCUGAUGCUUAGUGGUCUCUCGCUGCAAUGCCUGGCCUAUGUGAUGGUAGCCCUUUCUAUCGCCUUACUCAACCAAGCCCCAUUCCAGUGGGGUGUGGUAGCUGUUUCGUUUCUGUUCUUCUUUUACGCAGUAUUUGGCUUUUCUUGGGGAAUGGCUCCAUGGGUAUACCAAGCAGAGAUUAACUCACUUGCUACGAGAACCCAGGGAGCUGCGGCAGCGACAGCGACAAACUGGUUUACGCCAACAGGCAUCGAGAAUAUUGGGUAUCGUUUCUAUAUUAUAUUUGCGGUAUUCAACAUUGCAUUCAUACCAGUUGUCUAUUUCCUAUACCCCGAAACAGCCUACCGCACUCUUGAGGAUCUAGAUGUCUACUUCGACCGAGACUCUCCCCAUGCUACCAUCAUCCCGAUCAAUGAUAAAGUUGCCAAGCAAUGCAAACGACCCUUGGAAGCUAUUGAGGCAGAAGCUAACCGUGUUGCCGCCACAAAAGCUAUUGAUUUCAAGACCGGUACAUCAGAGCACGUGGAGGACGUAGAUGUGUAG